AAGGGCGUUCGAGUGCUCUGGUGGUGUGACUUCCGACCUUCGUCGAAUGCAGCAUAUAUCUAUCUAUCUAUAUAUGCAUAUAUAAGUUCAUGUCCGUACCCAACAAGAAAAUGGGAUCGCUCUUCAAUACAGCUUUGCGAAUGGAAUGUUGUUCCGAUGUGCGUUCUUUGGAAAUAUGUGCGUAGAAUGUUCGACGGUUUGUUUAUUGAUUUAAGACUGGAUGCAAUGAGAUUGAAAAUGUGUACCCCUACAUCGUCUAGGUAAAAAGUCUCGACUUGUGUGUCAUUUGUACUCUAGUUUGCGUUUCUGCCUGUAAAAUGUACUGUCUAUUCAUUUUAGCGGCGUGGGUAAAAUAGAGGUGUAAAUUGGCUUUCUGUCCAGUAAAUAACAAUAUAAUUUCUUUAUUUUUGGUGGAAAUGGGCUCCAAACGUAACAUCGCUAGCAAAAAUUUUUUUUUUAAAAAAAAUCGAGAUUUUUAUUUCCCCCUGGCAUGAAUGGGCUCCGCCAUGUGGAGUAAAAUCAAAGUUAAUCGUGAAUUGGGACUUUAAAAAAUGCUUUUUUUGCUGCCCGGUCAAAAUGGAAAAAAGAAGCGACGGCUUUGACGUCUUUCAAUUGUUUUGAUUGGAUUGUCGCAGUUUUGCUCGGGCGGGCGAGGGCGUCCCGUCUCGGGCGUCUCGUCUCGGGCGGUACGUGACGCGACGCGACGCGACGCAGGUGUUUCGGCCCGCGGCUAGUUAGCGCUAAUCAAGUGGCGCCCCAAGCUUUUGGCGCCAUUUGGGCGGCAACGACGACGACGGCGGCAGGCAGUGGUAGUGGCGGCAUGCAAAAAGGCCUCAAAAAGUAUUUCGUCAACAUGGACGACUACCUGGCCAGCCUCGGCCUCUACCGUAAGAUGGUCGCCAGGGACGCGUCCAGCCUCUUCCGAGCCGUCUCCGAGCAGUUGUACUACUCUCAGAACUACCACCACACCAUUCGUCAGGCAUGUGCUGAUUUCAUGCGGGCCAACGCCUACGUCUUUGAGCCGUUCGUGGAAGGCUCGUUUGACAAGUAUCUGGAGCGCCUGGAGGAUCCUAAGGAGACGGUGGGCCAGGUGGAGAUCAAGGCUCUGUCUCAGCUUUACAGGCGCCGAUUCCUGAUCUACCGUUAUCCCGGCAAAGCCGCCACCGUCAUCUCCGAGGACGACUUUGUGGACAAGGUAACGUUAUCCUGCUCCAUCAACGGGCACUAUGACAUCGUGUACCCCAGGAGUUAUCCCGCCUCCGCCGCCCUCAGCCAGGCCCUGGUGUACGAGCUGCUCUACACCAAGGUGUUUGGUUGUGAGGAGGCGGAGCUUUCUCAGGCCGCCGAAGCCUUCAAGCUCGGAGGUCGUCGCUAUCGGAACAGUCUGUCCGCCUGUAGCGACGUCGAUGUCAGCUACGACGCCCCCGAGGACAGAGCUCACAGGGAGGAGGCGGAGGCAGGUGAGGAGAAGCUCGGAGUGUUGAGCGAGGAUGUCAAGCCGGCGUGCGACGCUCCGCCGCCCGGCAGGCUGUGUCUACCUUACAAGGUGCUGAAGUCACUGGACGGCGACGUUUACCGAAACGUGGAGUUUGACGUCUGGCAGGACAGCUGCAAAGAAAUGCAGAAGAUGGACUACAUGGUGUUUGCCGGCCGACAGUACUUCCUGGGGGACAAAUGUCAGGUGCGUCUGGAGCCCAAAGGGAAGUACUUUAACGCCUUUAUCCAGGAAGUGGGAACGCACUCGGCCGCUGUCACCGUCUUCAUCGAAGAGCUGGGAGAGAAACAUUUGGUUCCCGUGACUGAUGUGAAAGCUGUCAAUCCGGUUCCAGCCUGGAACGCGUCGGUUCCGCCCCGCAAAGGCGACCCAGACGGCGAUGGGGGGCGAGGUCACCAGAGGCAUCAGCGCCAUCGAUAUUUCAGGAAGUCUCGAGGGGGUGUCCUCGUCAAGGGGACGGACCCGGCGGUGCCCCCGACCUCCUCCUACGGUGGUUCUGCCACCGGGCCGCUCCCGCCGCGCUUCCAGCCCGUGGGCCGGCCCCCGCCUCCGUCGGCCGGCGCCGUGCCCUUCGACCCCUACGCUCCCCCGCACCCCCCCCCCCACCAUCAGCAGCAGCAUGGCCAAACCUUCGUCGGCGCCAGAGCUUCUAGAUACGGCGCCGCCAGCUUGAGCCGUGUGGUGAACCGCCACCUGGUGGGUCCUCAUCUGACCUACUACCCGCCCAGCAGGCGUUACUACGAUUACGACAGCUACGCUUUCAGGUCUCGUCGCAGUCGUCGUCAUCUGGCAGCGGCGGCGCUCGCCAAAGGGUGUCCCUACUUCAACGAAGACGACGCGGCCGAGCCGUCGACGGAGAUGGACGGCGCCGUGGCAUACUACCGCGUGGAUGACUCCAACCAUGAUAUUUUUGCCACGCUCACUACGAGCGCUUCGGUGCCGCAACCGCAGAGUGUGGUGGCUCCUCCCCCUCCCUCAAGCGCCUCCUAUCGCCUCCAGAGAGGCUCAGGGGGGCCACUCCAACUUAGCCCAUCGGCAGGGGGCGCCCUCACGUGUUCGUCAGAGGAAGAGCAGGACGCUGACGCUGUCCAACGCGACCGGGCUGAGCUGACCCGCGACUUCGGGGACGACUUCAUGUUGGCGUGUCAGGACGGGUCGCGCGGCGCGUCGUCGCCUUGGCCUCGCUCGCAGGAAGUUGACGCGACAGAUGGCGGGUACCAGACGCCGAGCGUUUACGCUGACGACGCCGGCGAGAGCCCCGCCGCACAGGACCGGGAGGAAGGAGGCCUCGUCGACUCUCCUCCGAGAGCCGACGAGGGCUACGGCUACACGGUGCAGCAGGCGGUGAAGCCAAUGGUGGUGAUAUCUUCCUCGCCGACUUCCUCCUCUUCCUCUUCGCCCUCAUCUUCGUCCCGCGUGGCCAGUGCACGUGCGGUGCCGGCACCGCACGUUCAACCUCGAUCGGUUGCCGUGGCGAUCCCAGCUACUGCACCCUGGUUGGUGAAUGAGUUGGGAGAGGGGCUCUGCUCGGUGGUAGCGCCGCCGCCUUCUUACUCCUACGACCCCAACGGUAGCGACCUACCCAGAGACUGUCGCGUCCUUCAGUACUACUACAACCUCGGAGUGCAGUGGUACCAUCAGAGCUGCUGGCAGCAGCAGCAACAACAGCAGCAGCAGCACCAGCAGACGGUGGGGCCCUACUCCCCCGCUUUGUACCCUUCCGACGUGGUCCACACCUACCAGCACUGCCCUCCUUACCUUGGCCAAGAAGCCCCCCCGCACCCUGCCCACCCGUCCUACGCCGAGGCGGGGCGCAGCGGACCGCUGCAGCCUCCGCCCCCUUAUCUGGAAGCCAACGGGACGCUGGAGUGUCAGACGGACGCGCAUGGCCUCGGCCCCGCCCAUUCGUUGGAUGGCUCCUCCCUCAAUGCGCCGCCUUCGGCCCCCGCUUUGUACCCGGACCAGAUGGGCCUCCCCUCUGUCCUGCACCUGCCUUAUGAAGCUCCGCCCCCAGCCACCUACCUGUCAUCCGCCCCGCCCCCUUUGGUACAUUCUGCCCACCACCCUUACCACACACACCACGCCUGUGUGCCUGCGCACUGGGGUGGGCACACCUCGCGGGUCUACUGCCCCGCCCCCACCCCACCCCACAUGGUGGGCUACAUUACAUCUCCACCCACACACUUUAUCCCACCUAGCGCCUGAUGCUUGUGAUAGCCCUGCCUCGCUAGUUAUUCUGGUACCAACGGCAGUGCCUUAAAUUGAUUUGUUUGAAUUGGUUGUUGUGCUAAGCGUCACGACAAAACCGUUGACUUUCCGCUGGCCGCCUGGAGAGAGGUGGGCGUGGCCGGUCCCUCUUUACUGUCGAAGGGAUGUUUUUGUUAUUGCCACAUGGUGUCUGUUUGAUUUUUGUUCACUUGGUUCCAGGUUCAAUAAAGUUUGUCACCAGCAGAGAUAAAAAAACAAACAA